AUGCACAUACACGUCCUCGGCUUUGGCGCCAUCGGGACCCUCGUCGCUCACCACCUCCGCGCCGCGCUCGACCCCAAGCACCUCAUCACCAUCGUUCACAGGUCUGCAGACCACGUCCGCGCAGCGCCGCCGUCCGUCGCGGUCGAGCGCGAUGGUGUCGUCGUUCGCACCGAAGGCUUCACCCAUGUCGCAUCCGAGCCAGAGGACACGCACGACGAGCGAAUCCCCACCGGCAUGCACAUGAACCUCUUGGCUGUGCCGUCAGAGGCCGAGCCGACGACCAUCGACUCGCUCGUGGUCGCGACCAAGGCUCCCUACGCUAUGCACAGCAUCAAGACCCUCCUACCCCGCCUGUCUGCCAACAGCACAAUCGUCCUGCUCCACAACGGCAUGGGCGUAUACGAGGACCUCGUCAAACACGUCUUCCGCAACAGCGACGCUAGGCCGCACAUCGUCCUCUCCGUCAACACCCACGGCGCCUGGCGCAAGGGCGUCGGACACGUCGUGCAUGCUGGCGUUGGCGACAUACAACUUGGCAUCGUGCCCGACAGCCGCAAUCGCGACUUCGAGGCGAGCCUCGACCUCUCCUUGCCGCGGGGCGAGCGCAAGCUCAGCCUGAGCGACAUCACUCCGGUCGCGGGCGACCCCCACGCCGAACGCUACCUCUCCCUGCGCAACACCAUCUCCGCGUUCUGCAGCGCGGCCCCGCUCAACGCGGCGUGGCGCCCGCUCUACGACGUGCAGCUCGCCAUGCGGCGCAAGCUCGUCGUCAACUCGGUCGUCAACCCGCUCACUGCGCUCCUCAACUGCUCCAACGGCGAGAUCUUCAAGCAUGCGGCCGGUACGCGCAUCGCGGAGCGGCUCUGCGCCGAGGCCUCGUCCGUCUUCCGCACGCAGUGGGAGCAGGAGGUCAAGGCGCAGGCGCGCACGGGCACCGUCGCAGGGGGGCCCGACCCGCUUGUCCCACGCGUACCAGCCUGGCAGGCCGAGCAGUUCCCGCGCGAGCUCGAGGCCGCCGCGCUGCUCGCAGAAUGCAAGCGCAUCGUGCGCCUGACGCACGAGAACGCAUCGUCGAUGUUGUACGACGUGCGCAAUGGGCGGGGCACCGAGGUGCGCCAGCUGAAUGGCUAUCUCCUCCGCCUCGCGCGGCGCUACGGCGUACGUGUGCCCGUGACCGCGACGCUGCUCGACAUGGUGGUGUUGCGAUCCGCGGUGCCCCUUGACUCGGCGGUGAGCACCAAGGCGGUACUCUGA